AUGAGCUCUCUAGCGAUGUUGUGCAAUCGUGGUCAAAUGCGCUUUCUUCCCAAAUUCCGCUACUAUUCUACAGGUCGACAGCAGUUUGUUUCAUUCUUGAAAAAUGAACUUGCUUCCAUUCAGGAUGCUGGUACUUAUAAAAAUGAAAGAAUUAUUAUUGGUCGGCAAGGAAUGGAAAUCAAAAUUAGAGGCCGCGAUACACCCGUUUUAAAUUUCUGCGCCAAUAAUUAUCUAGGAUUAAGCAGCCAUCCAGAGGUUAUUGAAGCUGGACAACAAGCACUGAACACUCAUGGCGCAGGGAUGAGUUCAGUAAGAUUUAUUUGCGGAACACAAGACUUGCACCGAGUUCUUGAGCAGAAAAUUGCAAAAUUUCAUGGACGCGAAGAUUCUAUUUUAUACGCGGCCUGCUUUGAUGCAAAUGGCGGAUUAUUUGAAGCUAUUACAAAUGAUCAAGAUGCGGUAAUUUCGGAUGAGCUCAAUCAUGCUUCUAUCAUUGAUGGUAUUCGAUUGUGUAAAGCAAAGCGUUACCGUUACAAACACCUUGAUUUUAAUGAUUUGGAAAGGAUUUUGAAAGAUACUGAAAGUUGUAGACAGCGUGUGAUUGCCACUGAUGGCGUUUUUAGUAUGGAUGGUGAUGUAGCACCAUUAAAAGAGAUAUGUGAUCUCGCAGACCGAUAUAAUGCGCUUGUCUUUAUUGACGAAUGUCAUGCAUCUGGCUUCUUUGGAGCAACCGGCCGAGGUACAGAGGAACAGUUAGGUAUUCAAGGUCGUGUUGAUAUAAUUAAUUCCACACUUGGUAAAGCUUUAGGGGGUGCAAUGGGUGGAUAUACUACUGGGCCUAAACCACUCAUUGACUUGCUGAGACAACGCUCACGACCUUAUUUGUUUUCCAAUUCACUAGCACCAAGCAUUGUUGGUUCGUCUAUUAAGGUGUUGGAUUUGUUGAUGAGUUCAUCACAGUUUAUGAGCUCCUUGAAAUCAAACGUAUCUCAUUUCCGCAAAUCGCUCACGGAUGCAGGGUUCCAUGUAAUGGGAAAUCCAGAACAUCCUAUCUGCCCCAUAUUUCUGGGCGAAGCAAAACUAGCUUUGAAUUUUGCUGAAGAAAUGCUGAAAGAAGACAUAUAUGUAAUUGGAUUCAGCUAUCCUGUGGUACCGAAAGGCAAAGCAAGAAUUCGUGUGCAGAUUUCUGCUGCUCAUACACGUGAUCAGGUCGAUCGUUGCAUCAAAGCGUUCAUAACAACUGGUAAAAAAUUGGGAGUCAUUUAA